UUGAAUUGCUGCCUCCCUGAACCGAGGAAGCUCAGCGGCCGCGACGUUCAUAGAAAGCGGCGCGGGCCGGCGGUCAACCGAGAGGAUCCUCAUGCUCCGAAAAACCUGGAGUUACCAUAUAUGAGAAAUACUCUACAGACUACAUAGCACAGCUUCGUAAUGUCUGCUGCUGUUGAAGACAAUGUGUGCAGUCACGUGAAAGUUGUGAUCCGUGUUCGUCCAGAAAAUGAAAAAGAGAGAAAUGGCAAUUUCAGGAAAGUGAUCCAGGUUGUUGACAAGCAUAUGCUGGUGUUUGAUCCCAAAGUGGAAGAAGUCAGUUUCUUUCAUGGAAAAAAACUCCCAUACCGUGAUAUUACCAAAAAGCAGAACAAGGACCUCAAGUUUAUAUUUGAUGCUGUCUUUGAUGAAAGUUCUUCACAGCUGGAGGUUUUUGAAAAUACCACCAAAACUGUACUGGAUGGCUUUCUGAAUGGAUAUAACUGCACAGUGCUUGCAUAUGGAGCAACUGGAGCAGGAAAGACUCACACAAUGCUGGGCUCCCCCGAGGAUCCAGGGGUUAUGUACCUCACCAUGAUGGAGCUUUACAAUUGCAUUGAUCGGAUGAAGGAUGAAAAACAUUGUGCUAUUGCUGUUUCGUACCUUGAGGUCUACAAUGAGCAGAUACGUGACCUACUAGUAAACUCUGGACCACUGGCUGUUCGAGAAGAUCCUCAGAAAGGAGUAUUAGUUCAUGGGUUAAGCUUGUACCAGCCAAAAUCUGCAGCAGAGAUCUUGCAAAUGCUGGAUUAUGGAAACAAAAACAGGACACAACAUCCCACUGAUGUGAAUGCCUCCUCAUCUCGGUCCCAUGCUGUCUUUCAGAUCUACUUGAGGCAACAAGAUAAGGCAGCAAGUAUCAACCAAAACGUCCGUAUUGCCAAAAUGUGUCUUCUGGACCUGGCCGGGUCUGAACGUGCCAGUGCCACAAAAACCAAGGGAGCUCGCUUUAGAGAAGGCGCAAAUAUUAAUCGCUCGCUGUUAGCUCUUGGCAAUGUCAUUAAUGCGCUAGCAGACCCAAAGAGUAAGAAACAGCACAUUCCUUAUCGAAACAGCAAGUUGACGCGUCUGCUGAAGGAUUCACUCGGAGGAAACUGUCGUACUAUAAUUGUAGCUGCUGUUAGUCCUUCUUCUCUGUUCUACGAUGACACAUAUAAUACCCUUAAGUACGCCAGUCGAGCCAAGGACAUCAAAUCCUCUCUGAAGAGCAAUGUUGUCAGUCUGGACAGCCAUAUAAGUCUGUAUGUGAAGAUCUGUGAAGAACAAAAGAAAGAGAUUACAAUGCUGAAGGAGAAGCUGAAAGCAUAUGAAAAUGUUUCUGUCCCCAGCAGUCAUGAGAAAGCUGUAUUUACAAAUCAACAACAGGUGGAGAUACCGAGAUUUAAGGAAGUGUUGAAGUGUAUAUUUACCAAUCGUGAGGAAAUCAGGGAAGAAUUCCUGAAGCUGGAAUUGCAACUUAAAGAAAAUGCUCUUAAAACCAAUUAUCAGAAGCAUUGCCAUGAACAAAUUGAAAUGAUUUGCUCUCCAGGGAAACUGGAGAAGGCCACUGGCAAACAUGAUCACCGUCUUGCAUUACUGAAAACACGCCGUUUGCAUAUGGAGAAGAAAAAAGAGGCAGAGAUUAAAUGCUUCGAGGACAAUACUAGUUGGUUGCAUCGGGUAGAAAAUGAAAUGCGUCUUUUAGGUCAAGAUGGCCAUAUUCCUCAGGAGCUUUCUAGAGAUCUGCAGUGCUAUCAUUUGAAAUUAGAAGUUAAGGAUCUAAAAACUCAGAUUGAAUACAUGAGGACUCUAGUAUCCCUUCAAGAACAGCAACAUAAACAGACAGAAAAAAUCCUAAGUGCUUCACUUCCAGUUCUAAGAAAGCAGUAUGUGGCUUUGAAAAACGCAGGGUUAGCAAAAGGUGACAUUGAGGAUGACUUCCGGGAAUUUGAACAGCUGCUUCACAGAGAGAAAACUGUUGUUUGGGCCGACCAAAUGGAUGAAGAAGAGGUCAAGGAAAAUGAUCAGCCUAUGAUGUCUGCCAUCGUAGCCUUUCCACAACUUGUGAGCCACAAGAAUACUCCUUGCCGUACUUCUUCAGAGAACAUUAAGAGAAAUAUAACACAAGAGGGAGAAUAUGGGGUACCUCUUCACAAAAGGACAAGGCGGAAACUGAUGGCGUCUCCUUCAACAGUUGAAAGUCCUAAACAGUCCAGUCCGUCCAGCCCCGAUCACCUGACAGAUUCUCUGAGUAAAGCACUCCGUCCCAUUGCUUAUACCCCCGAGGACUGCAGGAAGCCUGUGGAGAGCUUAUGUACAAAGACUGUGGUAAAGCAAGCUUUGCAUACAACAGAUCUUCAAGAAACAAGCAGAUGUUCUGCCCCCACCCAGAAGCCAUUAAAGCAGGACAGCCUCAAGGAAUUUACAGACCAUAUGAACACAACCAUUACUAUUUUUGAAAGUAACCUCGACAAUACAGAUCACCCUUCAGAUGUAGCCAGAAACAAAUCAGAGUCAAAGUCAACCAACAACAACAGUGUUUUACAAAGACUUGGGCUCCCUUCACUCUUAAACAGGCAGCCAGGGCCCAUACACGAGAAGCCAUCGUACAUGGCUAUGACAUCUGCUGCUGAAAGGAAAAGGAAGCUAUUAAGUUCAGCAUCAAGCAGCGGGUUAACAAAUCAGCAAGGUUCCAUGGCUGCAAAACGUAUUAGACAAGAUGUCUUAAGUUACAAACCCCUAAGAGUACCUAAAGCAACAGCAACUAGGACAAGGAUGUGGAAGCAACAUGAUGGGCCAAGAAGACAUAUCAAAAGUAAUUACAAGGAGAACACAGGAAGAGAGACGGAACUAGGGGAAUCAAAAACAGUGACUUGAGUGGCAUAUCUCACUUGAGAUUAAAUCUUACUUUGUACAGAUUUUAAUUUAUUUAGCAGGAGAGGAGAAGGGAUUUUUACGCCUUCUCUCUCCCUGUUUCUCCCUUGUCUGUGGUAGUACUUUACUUCUUGGGAAGACUUAGAGUAUUAGGAUGUUCCUUCACUAAGCAUUUGCAAUAAAAGUAUCUGAGUUUGCAAACAUGUAUUUUUAAUGUGCACCAUCUAGACUAUCCAGUUGAAUGUAGAAACAUUUUUUUACUGCUCACAUCUAAACUAUAGCUUAUCAUUCACCAUUUCCAGUGUUUUAUUGGAAAUCUCAUUAAAUUUUAUUGAUACUGUUUGUUAUCUAUUUUUCAACAUGUUUCCAUGAAAUUCAUACCUUGCAACAAAGAUGUGAGAAAGAUUGGUGAUUUCCAUUAUAGAAGCUACAAACUUUCAUGUCGUUUGUAUUAAAUUAGUGUGCAAAUUCUGGUACAUGCUUCAGAAUGAAUGCUAUGCUGACAGUGGUGGGUGUGUGUCUAACUCAGGGAUCUCCUAUGGGGAUCCCCUUUCUUUCAUGUACAGCUGUGGAUCUGCACUAAGGAAGUGGGAAUAGUAGAUUAUACCACUGUAUUUCGUGCCCUACUAGGUAGGUUUUAUAUAUAUUAGCAACCCUUCCUUGUUUUCCCCUUCAAAGUCCAUUCCUGUUAAUAUUUACUCCAACCAAGAUCUUGAGUCUUUUCAUUCAUACUUGUUUUUCUCAUUUUCCACUGAAAAUUUUCAGGAUAAGAUAAUGGAAGUAUUUUUCCCCUAAGUAAAACAGUAGCUAGUGUUUCAUGUUAAACCUUUUAUCUGACUUCCUGGAUAACUUGAAUGUAAAAAUAUGUCUUUGUGCUAUUAAUCUUUCUAUAGUCUCCUUUCUCUUCCUUUGUAUAUGUAUAUUAGAUAGGUUAACAAUGCUAAUUGUAAAUAAAGGUUUAUUAGCUGUAAA